AAUCCCUUCUGAACUCCUGCUCAUAUUUCAAGACUAUAGAAAUGAUAGAUGAUGGUUGGGAUGAUCGUGAGGGAGUUGGCCAAGGGUGUAGUUUACGGUAUUGGGAGGGGACGUAUCACGUGGGUUCAUCUAGCACUGCAGGUGUGUCAAAAGGCCAGGAGGGUAUUUUUUUGGCUCAGUCCAAAGCACUCGAGUCUCAGCAGUACAUCAUGCUCGCUCUCCUUCCUCUCCUGUGUCUGAUCUGGACUGAAGCAGCACAGGCGUCAGAUCCGAGCCUGCCCUUCAUGGACUACCUGGACACUGACCACCUGGUCUGCAUCAAGUGGGGAUUCGAUGACCAGCAGGGAAACAUCACGUUCAAAUUCAUCGUCAACACCACCGGCUGGAUCGGCUUCGGCCUGAGUCCCAACGGAGACAUGAUCGGGGCCGAUCUCGUCAUGGGGGGAGUCGGUCCUGACGGAAACUACUUUAAAGACUAUUAUUCCACAGAAAACAGCUACCCCAUCGAGGACCAACAGCAGAGCUACACUCUGCUGGCCCUCAAUGAGAGCGACGGGCAAACUCUCAUGACCUUUUCCAGGGCCUUGCAAACUUGUGACCACCAAGAUCUCCCCAUCACUGCCCAACCCAUGAAGCUGAUAUAUGCUUACGGAUUGACGGAUGAGAUUGGGUUCCAUGCGGCUCUCGCCGGUUCCAAAGAACUCAACCUACUGAAUUAUGUCACCAGGUCUACUGCGGCAAAAGGAAACUACAUCAGUGCUACAAUGGAAAACAUCACUAUCCCUCCGCAGGACACUUAUUACCACUGCAGGGUCAUGAAGUUUCCAACCUUCGUCACCAAGCAUCACAUAAUUCAGUUUGAGCCGGUGAUUGAGAACCGUGAUCUGGUCCACCACAUGCUGCUCUACAGCUGCCCGUCAUCCGUGACGACCGCCUAUGACGGCGAAUGCUACCAGGGCCACUCGGGGGACCGCUGCUAUGCCAUUGUUGGCGCUUGGGCUGUGGGAAGCCAGAUCUUUGAGCUGCCGGAAAACACCGGCAUUCCCAUCGGAGGUGGGGAGGACGUUGCGUUUUACAGGCUGGAGAUCCAUUACAGCAACCUCAACAACGUAUCAGGCAGGAUUGACAGCUCAGGUCUAAAGCUGCACUACACAGACCAAUUGCGACCGCAUGAUGUCGGAAUCCUAUCCACGGGCGUGUCACCGUCUCGUCAUAUCGACUACGACAUUCCUCCUCGAGCGACUAAAUUCCGCACCUAUGGCGUGUGUAACACCAGUCUCAUUUCUCAGAUCGUCAAUCCUGUGCCGGACUUGCAAGUUUUUGCUGUGAUGAUGCACACUCAUACAGCUGGGAGAGAGAUCCGAGUGGGACAUUUCAGAAAUGGAGAGCAAUUGGGAUUUCUCGCCAUGAAUCUGAACUAUGACUUCAACCUGCAAGAGAUUACCAGAUUGGGAAGCAUCAAGACCAUCAAACCGGGAGAUGAUAUUGUGGUGGAGUGCUCCUACAGUACUUCGGAUAGGACUGGGGCUACACAGAUGGGUUUGGCGACCACGGAUGAGAUGUGCCUGGCCUUCCUGCUGUUCUACCCCAAAAUCAAGAUUGUAGCAUGUUUCAGCCAGCCCAACAUGUCAAACCUAAACCACCAGUUCCCUCUGGGAGGCUCUGUUUCAAACCAAGAGGAAAUUGUAGAGUAUGAGAACGUGGUGAAGAACUUGUCGCAAAUUCAGAUUUUAUUCACAAAUGAUAGCCAGUUCCACGUUAACCCUUACGGUCAUGUCAGGGAUAUGAUGGAAACGCGAACUUACCACUGUGAGCACACAGGCAACGGGUCAAGCAAAUGCACAUCCGGGAUUUGGAAUCAAGUGUCAGUGCUGGUGGUGCUCGUCUGGAUGGCUUCUUCUUGAAGAUGCCCUCUCUAUUUAGCAACAAAACACAAUACUGUAUAUUUCAAUUUGAGGCUAUCCAUUUAAAUGCAAUGCGUAUUUUAUUGUGGUUGUAGUUUGCGAUGAUGAUGAAAUGCAUUGUAUUUUCAAAUAUUGUGAUUGCUAUCAAUUGGACUACAAUAUUAAUUAUGAUCACAGGUAGAUGAAUGAUUUUUGUAUUGUCUUUCGAUUAC